AUGGGUGGAAUUGGUCCAAAGACAUACAUGGGAUGGUGGGGUAACAUCGGUUCUCCAGCCCAAAAGCACAUCACCACUUACACUGUUUCUCCAUAUGCCACCAAGCCAUUGAAGGGUGCUUUGUACAACUCCGUUUUCAACGUUUUCAGAAGAACCAAGAACCAAGUUUUCUUCAUUGUCGUCCCAGCCAUCAUCGUCUGGAACGUUUGGACCGAAGCCAGAGACUACAACGAAUACUUGUACACCAAGGCCGGUAGAGAAGAAUUGGAAAUAGUCAACGCUUAA